CACCAUUUUUUUAGCAAGACAAGACUUCUCUUCUCCCUUCCACCUCCUUCCUUGGCAAGAUAUCCCUCCUACCUGCUUCUAUGUAUAGAUAGAGAAAAAACAAGGCCUUUUCUACGUGCAUCUGUUGCUGAACCCACAAAGGAAAGAAAAGUUGGGGAUGCCAUUGUCAUGAGAAUAUAAAAGGAAUAAUAUGUAAACAGAAUCUCCUUUAGCAUUAUUUGUCAAGCAUUCAGUCUCUUUUAUUUUUGUGUGGUGGAAAUCCAUUCUACCCAUUUUGUUGUUAAAAAAAAGCAUGGGAAAACAGCAAAAGUCGUUAAGGAGCAAAUCAGUCCACUUUGUGUCUGAUCUCACCACUGUCAUCCUUAACCCUAUCUCUGAUAAACCCUCCAAGCAUUCGACUCCUCGUCCUCAUCCACUUCCUGAAGAUGCCAGUGAGUCAAAAACGAGUCAGCUAGAGUCCAUUACUGAAGAGGACACAGGGCAUUUAGCUGAAGAGCCUGAUACUUCAUCAUUCACCGCAUUCCUAUUCUCUUUGUUAACGUCCUCAGAGUCUGGAAAUAAUGCAAAAUUGGAUAAGCAAAAUGAUAAUUCAGAUCAAAUGGAUGACCAGUUAUCUGGGAAUGUAGCAAAAGAGAGUGGCACAAAAAAGGGAUUGCUUUCAAGGGCCAAGCAUUCUCUUGGAGCUAUUUACCAAGCUACUAGAAUAGACAGAUAUCAAAGUCAAGAACACAAGGAAAAUUCAGACUUGAAAAUUGCUGAUGAUAAUGAUGGUGAUGCAGUUGAGAUAAGAAGUAUGCUGAAACAGAACAUGAAAGAGCCUGUUGCUUUGGGAGAUAUUUCAAACAUUUCUGAACCUUCAUUGCUUCUUUCAGAGAAAGCAAGGAGCACCCUUUAUGUUUCUCUUCCAGCACUUGUCCAAGGGAGAAAAUGGUUAUUGCUGUACAGUACAUGGAGGCAUGGGAUAUCGCUUUCAACCUUGUAUAGAAGGAGCAUGCUUUGGCCUGGACCUUGUCUGCUGGCUGUUGGAGAUCGCAAAGGGGCAGUAUUUGGUGGCCUGGUUGAAGCUCCCCUGAGGCCAACCAACAAGAAAUAUCAGGGAUCAAAUAGUACAUUUGUUUUUACAAAUACACCUGGCCAUCCUGUCAUAUUCCGUCCCACAGGUGCUAAUCGUUAUUUCACUUUGUGCUCUACCGACUUUCUUGCAAUUGGUGGAGGUGGCCACUUUGCACUCUACUUGGACAGUGAUCUAUUAAAUGGAUCAAGUUCGGUCUCAGAAACGUAUGGGAACCCUUGCCUUGCACACUCUGAAGACUUUGAAGUCAAGGAAGUUGAGCUAUGGGGCUUUGUACAUGGUUCAAAGUAUGAGGAAAUACUUGCUUUAAGCAGAACCGAGGCUCCUGGGAUUUGUCGGUUUUGAAAGUUAAAGAACAGGACAGGGCUCAAUUCACUAUGACAUGGAUCAAGUGAUUCCGUUGAUACUACUGGAUGAUGCUGAAUGCCAAUCUGUUGUAUAUAGCAUAUGGAAGUGGGUACAUGUGAAGAUGGCAUUUACUAUCAACCUUUGUACAUAGAUGUUCAACCUUUAGACGAGGAGUGUUUUUGUAUGAUAUUACUAGCCAAUUUUGGAUGGAAGCUGGAUUUGACAGUAAUGCCGGUUGAUCAUAUGACAAGAAGAAUGCACAUGCUGCUGUUCACAUUCAUACUUAAUGAUAUUGCCAAGAGCUUUAUGUUUAA